GGUGACAGCAAAGAUCAUUACUGGCCUCCCCAUCUCUUCGAUUCCGAUUCCACUGUUUGCAAGCAAAGCAAAACAAUAUUCUUUUCGAAAAGAAAAAAAAAUGCAAGACCCUUCCAGACCGGUAACUGGUUACCCGGUUCAGAACGUUAACGGCUGCGCUCCGCCACCGCCCGCUACCUCUAGUACCGCCUACCCUUACGUUAACCCCAGCCCAUACCCUUACUACCCAGCACCACCACCCCAAAACCCACGUCCCACCUUCUUCCGCCGCCUCUUCGUCGCCUUCGCCGUGCUCUUAAUCAUCUUCGGUACCAUCCUUCUCAUCUUCUGGCUCGUCCUCCGUCCUCACCUCCCUGAUUUCUCCAUCCAGUCUCUUUCCCUUUCCAACUUCAACGCUUCCAACCAGCACGUGAACGGCACGUGGAAUGCCCGGUUCCAGGUCUCCAAUCCCAAUAAGAAACUCUCCAUCUACUACGGAGACAUCGUUUCCUCUGUCUUCCACAAGGAUGACUUCUUGACUGAGACUCGGAUCGAGCCGUUCGUGCAGGGCACGCGCGAGGUGAACACAGUGGAGGCAAGUUACUCCGUGGUUGAUUCUUUCGUGGAAGGCAAGGUUGUGGACGCGAUGGAUGGAGAGAGGACACGUGGUGAGAUCAAGUUCAAUAUCAAGGUUGUCGCCGACGUUGCGUUUCGAUACGGUGGGUGGAGAGGACGGCGUAGGCUUCUUAGGGUUUGGUGUGACGACUUGACCCUUUCAGGUUCCUCCGGUAAGAUGACCGGUGGUUCCAAAAAAUGCAGCGUCGAUUGAUUCAACGUGUGGAUGGCUCACUACUAUGAAACCCUAUUGCAAAUGCAUUCUAUUCACUGCAUGCAUGGUUAAAAGGGUAAGCGGACAA